AUGCAAUUCUCCGUCUUCACCAUCCUCCCCCUCCUCCUCUCCUCCGCCGCCGCGGCAGCCCUAGACACCGCAGAAGUCCGAGAAGCCCGCUCUCUCGACCAAUCCUCCUCGCCUAACAAUGUCGGCGGUGGUUUACUGCCCAGAAGAGUCGAGUGCGACUGCUGCAGAGCGAAGGGGUCCGGAUAUUGCUGGUACAAGGAAGCGAAUGUUCAUUUGCUGGAAACCACGCACCGCUAA